AUGGCAUUUUCAACUCAGAACAUUGCCUGGUUAGGCCUGUUCGCAGUUUCAGUCUGGGUAAUCCAGAUACUUUACAUAUCUCUUCGCCCAGGCCUUCGUGACUUGCCCGGCCCUUGGCUCGCACGAUACACUCCGUUAUGGCGUCUCAUGUUUGUAUUCAACGGCAAAGCGCCUGAGGGUUAUCGGAAGCUGCACGCAAAGCACGGUCAAAUAGUCCGAACGGCCCCUAAGGUAGUAGAUAUUUCAGAUCCUUCUGCUAUAUCAUUGAUUUAUGGAAUUGGCAGCAAGUUUAUCAAGUCUGAUUUCUACCGUUCCUUCGAUGUCAUGUACCAGGAAGAGGCCAUGGCGAGCAUGUUCUCAACUCGAUCGCCCGACGAGCACAAGGCACUCAAGCGGCCAGUUGCACAAAAAUUCAGCAUGACCUCCAUUAAGACCCUCGAAUACCUUGUUGACCCAUGCAGCGAGAUAUUCACAGCAACCAUGAAGGAAAUGCAGGGUCAGGUGGUUGACCUCGGUGUCUGGCUGCAGUGGUACGCUUUCGAUGUGAUCGGAGCUAUCACCUUUUCGAAACGCUUCGGAUUCAUGGAAUACCGCGAGGACGUCAACAGUGUCCUUUCCGGAAUUGAUCUGGGUCUUCGAAUUGGCGGGAUCCUCGGACAGGUUCCGAUGCUGAAUAGAUUCUCGUUGGGGAGCAAGACGUUCCACAACAUUUUAUCUCAACUAUCCCUUCCAAACCCAAUGGAUAUUGUCACCAAGAUGGUGUUGGAAGCUAUCGAGUCUUAUGACGCACAAACAUCCCCGACAGAUACUCGAUCCGACUUCCUCGCGUAUUUCCGGCAACAACAAAAGUCUACCGGGGAAGUCAUGCCGGACAAAGAGUUGAUGAACCAUCUCACUAAUAACUUGUUGGCUGGGAGCGACACUACCGGUAUCUCCCUUAGAGCUGUAUUCUACUAUCUCAUGCGAAACGCAGAUAGCUACAAGAAACUUCAGAAAGAGAUAGAUGACUUACAUGAUGCAGGGAAACUUUCGCCAGUAAUCAGUUACGCCGAGAGUCUCCAGAUGGACUAUCUGCAGUUGUGUUUAAAGGAAGCCAUGCGAAUGCAUCCAGGAGUGCAGUAUCCUCUCGAGAGAGUAGUACCUCAGGGAGGUGCCACCAUCAGCGGGCAUUUUCUGCCAGAGGGGACCAUAGUCGGAGUAAACGCUGCAGUCAUUCACCGGGAUCGGGAAAUAUUUGGCCAUGACGCAGAUGAAUUUCGGCCUGAGCGAUGGCUCUGCGAUGAGGAGAAGGCCAAAGUUAUGGAUCGUCAUUUAUUGACUUUCGGAGCGGGAGCGAGAACCUGUAUCGGAAAGAACAUUUCUAUCAUGGAAAUGGGAAAGCUCGUGCCACAGAUACUUCGACAGUUCGACCUGGAGUGGGCGUCGGAUGAGCCAGGCUGGAAAGUUGAGACCUUUUGGUUUGCCAAGCAGACCGGUUUGCUCGUACGGUUCCGAGAACGGUCUCAGAAUCCGCAAAUCAGCUUGGGAAAGGCAACUGUCUAG